GAGCUGCUGCUGGAGCGGGUGCCCGCCAUGGGCACGGGGCGCGAGGGGAUGCGCUGCAUCAAGAUCCUGCUCUUUAUCUUCAACCUGACCUUCUGGCUAGCAGGAUUGGCCGUCAUUGCCUUUGGUCUGUGGCUGCGAUUUGGUGGGGUCAUGGCAGAGUUUGCUUCAGACAAAAGAUCUCCAGAGUAUUUCUUCAUGGGACUCUAUGUAUUGGUGGGAGCAGGGGUUCUGAUGACCACAGUUGGACUUUUUGGGUGCUGCGGAGCAGCGCGGGAGUCUCAGUGCUUACUUGGAGCAUUUUUUGCUUGCUUAUUGGUGAUAUUUGCUGCUGAGGUCACUGCUGGAGUAUUUGCCUUUAUAGGCAAGAAAGGGGCAAUACAGGAAGCCCAGAAAAUAUAUGAAGACAUUUAUGAUGACUAUAUGAAAAACCCAGAAAAGGUCAACGGGACUAUCUAUCACUACCACUCAGCUCUCCAGUGCUGUGGUAAAGAUAGUAUGGAACAACAAAUGGGAUUACCCUGUCCAGAAAACAUCCAGAUGCCAAAGAACUGCCUGGUUGAAAUCCAGAAUGUAAUUGAUGCUAACCUGCAUUUAGUUGGAAUUGUUGGAAUUGCAGUUGCUGGCAUCACAAUCUUUGGCAUGAUAUUCAGCAUGGUUCUCUGCUGUGCGAUCCGUAAUACAAGAGACAUGAUCUAAAAUUCUCGCUGCACAACUAUGUCCCAGGAGUCCCACACUAAACUUUACAAGAAAUGCUCUUCUACCCAACUUAAUAAUUGUAAUAUAUUUUAAUUAGUGUUUUAACAUACUGAGAAAAAAACAUCCCAUUAGGUGAGCCAGUGCAUUGCAUUAGUUAUAGGAAAACUGAAAUGAACAAAAAAGGGCUUUUAAAUGUCCUUUUUAAUGAAAAAAAAACAAAGAUUGCAUCUAAGACUAAUUUGAUUUUUAAUGUUUGAAUACAUGCAAUUAGCAGUUUACACAUCUAUAGACAUUGUAUAAGCACAUGCAUGUCUCUCCUUACAGAUACAUAUGCACAUGAACAGGUGUUUGUCUAUUCAAUACUUUGUUUAGGUUAAGUAUGUGCAAAUGGAAUACAUGGUGUGUACACAUGUAUGCAUGCAUAUUCUUCCAGGGCCUCACUAUGCUAGAGUGUGCAGCCAUCCAUAAGCUUACACAACUUUCAUACUGAGCCCUCUUGCCAAGAAUCAAAAUAGCACAAAUGCACAAAUGCCAUUUUAAAAAAUAACACCCAUGAUCCAUUUUGUAACUAUUCUUUCCAAAGCCCAAAGAGAAUAGAAUUAAUAAAAUUGGACUUCAUUAAAAUAAAUAAAUAAAUAAGUAAGUAAAAGUAGUGUCUAAGGGCCUGCUCCUGCAAACUUGCAUCCAUGUGAGUAGACCUUUUGACUUCACCAUAUGCACAG